AUGGCCCGUAACAAUGUUUAUAAUCUCCCCCACUAUCUCCUUUUUCUCCUCUCCCUAACCCUACCCAUUCUGUCCACCCCCCUCCCCUCCUCCCAGUCUGAAUCCCGAUCCCAAUCCCACUGGGUCGACAUCUGGACCGCGAUGCCCCAACUGACCGAACCAGCCAACCUACCUCCAGCCCCAUUCAACUCCACCCCCUCCAUCUUCCCCAACACGACCCUCCGCCAAACCCUGCGCCUCACUCAACCCGCCAGCACCAUCCGCCUCCGAUUCUCCAACGCCUUCGGCAGUACCGACCUCCCGAUCACCUCCGUAGCCAUCUCCCUCCCACCCAACAACACCCUCGGCAGCGCAUCCAUCAUCCCGGAUACUACAACCCCAAUUUCCUUCGAUGGAGACACCUCGAUCCUCGUCCCAGCAGGGAGUCUCAUCGUCUCGGACCCGAUAACUCUCCCGAAACAAGCGAGCACGACACUAACAGUGGACCUGUAUCUGGAGAGUGGACAGAACGGGACGGAUAUUACGUCGCAUCCGGGGAGUCGGACGACGUCCUGGAUGGGGUUCGGGGAUUUAGUUGGCGAAGAUAGUAUAGUUGGAGGGGAUGUAGUGGGUGUGGAGCAUUGGUACUUCAUCUCCACCAUCGAAGCCCUCCUCCCGGAGACAUACCACGGGUGCGCAAUCAUCGGCGAUAGUAUAACAGAUGGACGGGGGAGUGAUACGAAUGAGAAUAAUCGCUGGCCCGACCUCCUCCUCCCCUACCUUCACAACAACCCCCAAACCAACACCCUUUCCCUCCUUAACCAAGCCGCCGGCGGCAAUCGCCUCCUCCACGACGGUCUCGGCCCCAACACCCUCUCGCGCAUCGACCGCGACGUGCUCUCGCACUCACGCAUAACCCACGCGAUCGUCUUCGAAGGCGUCAACGACAUCGGCACAGCAUCCACCUCCCCUACAGCACAGCAAAUAGUCGGCGAUAGAAUCAUAAUGUCCUACAGACAAAUAAUCACGCGGCUCCACGCCGCCGGGAUUAAGGUCAUCGGAGCGACCAUCACACCUUUCGGGACGCCGAGCAAUUCGUCCGUCGUGCAGCCGUACUCAGAUCCUGAGCGGGAGAGGACGAGACAGAGGGUGAAUAAGUGGAUACGGGAGUCGGGGGUGUUUGAUGGGGUGGCUGAUUUUGAUAAGGUGGCUAGGAGGGAUGAUGGGGCUGGGAAGGAUUUGUUGAAGGCGGAGUUUGAUAGUGGGGAUCAUUUGCAUUUGAAUCCGAGGGGGUAUGAGGCGCUUGCUAGGAGUUUUCCUGUUUAUUUACUAGAUUGA